GGCUGGGAUUGAAACUCUUCACCCCUUGCGGUCUGUUCUGCCUCCCAACUGAGCAGCCAGGGAGAAGGCCUAGAGCCUGUGCCCUUCAGCUAGAUAGCUGGAGGAACUGGCUCCUCCCUCCUUAGGCUGUGCUGGCCUGAGCUGGGAGCCUGAGAGCUGGGGCAGUUGUCUCUAAAGUGGCUUCUGGGAUUCUGGUAAGAGAUUCUGCUUCUCAGAAGAUGCACUAUUAUAGAUACUCUAACGCCAAGGUCAGCUGCUGGUACAAGUACCUCCUUUUCAGCUACAACAUCAUCUUCUGGUUGGCUGGAGUUGUCUUCCUUGGAGUCGGGCUGUGGGCAUGGAGCGAAAAGGGUGUGCUGUCCGACCUCACCAAAGUGACCCGGAUGCAUGGAAUCGACCCCGUGGUGCUGGUCCUGAUGGUGGGCGUGGUGAUGUUCACCCUGGGGUUCGCCGGCUGUGUGGGGGCUCUGCGGGAGAAUAUCUGCCUGCUCAACUUUUUCUGUGGCACCAUCGUGCUCAUCUUCUUCCUGGAGCUGGCUGUGGCGGUGCUGGCCUUCCUGUUCCAGGACUGGGUGAGGGACCGAUUCCGAGAGUUCUUCGAGAGCAACAUCAAGUCCUACCGGGACGAUAUCGACCUGCAGAACCUCAUCGACUCCCUUCAGAAAGCUAACCAGUGCUGUGGCGCAUAUGGCCCUGAAGACUGGGAUCUCAACGUCUACUUCAAUUGCAGCGGUGCCAGCUACAGCCGAGAGAAGUGCGGGGUCCCCUUCUCCUGCUGCGUGCCAGAUCCUGCGCAAAAAGUUGUGAACACACAGUGUGGAUAUGAUGUCAGGAUUCAGCUGAAGAGCAAGUGGGACGAGUCCAUCUUCACGAAAGGCUGCAUCCAGGCGCUGGAAAGCUGGCUCCCGCGGAACAUUUACAUUGUGGCUGGCAUCUUCAUCGCCAUCUCGCUGCUGCAGAUAUUUGGCAUCUUCCUGGCAAGGACCCUGAUCUCGGACAUCGAGGCGGUGAAGGCCGGCCAUCACUUCUAAGGAGCAGAGUUGAGGGAGCCGAGCUGAGCCACACCGGGAAGCUAGAGCCUUUCUCUGCCAUCAGCCCUAAGUCCAGAGGGAGAGGAGCGGACACCCCAAGAGCCAGCUCCCCAUCUUCAGCCUCAGCGUGACGUGACCUCUCUGUUUCUGCUUGCUGGUGCUGAAGACCAAGGGGCCCCCUUGUUACCUGCCCAGACUUGUGACUGUAUCCCUCUGGAGUCUAUCCAGAGACAGAGAAUGUGUCUUUAUGUGGGAGUGGUGACUCUGAAAGACAGAGAGGGCUCCUGUGGCUGCCAGGAGGGAUUGACUCAGUCCCCCUGCAGCUCAAGCACGUCUGCAGGACACCCUGGUCCCCUCUCCACUGGCAUCCAGACAUCUGCUUUCGGUCAGCCACAUCUGUGGGUGGGCCAUGGGUAGAGGGACCCACAGGCAUGGACAAGGCAUCUCUCUCCAUCAAGCCAAGCAGCACAGGGGCCUAACUAGGGAGGCAGAUAUGGCCCCGCUGGGCCUCUGAGUGCCAGCGCGGUCUGCGGGGGCAUGCACACAUCAGGGGUUGUUUGCAGGAUCCUCAGCCAUGUUCAAGUGAAGUAAGCCUGAGCCAGUGCGUGGACUGGUGCCACGGGAGUGCCUUGUCCACUGCCCCCCUGUGUCCACCAGCUCUUCUCCCGGUGCCAGAACUGCCUCUGGUCUUGACAGCAUUAAGCCCUGAUGGCGCCGGUGGGGUGGUGGGCAUGGUUCUUCACUGAGAGCCGGCUCUCCUUUUCUUAAAGUGUGUAAAUAGUUUAUUUAUAGGGGUAAGAAUGUUCUCACACCAUUUCACUUCCUCUUCCUCUCCUCCAGCAUUCUCCUCUGAGCAGCCUUACAUAGUGUCCACGGCUGGAGCCAACCCUUUUGAGUCCCCUCGAGUGUCUUAAGAACCAGCCCACAACAGCCUCUCCUUCCCCUCCACAUACUGCAGCCUCCCUCCAUGUAUCCCACAUACAAGCACUCCCCCACUCCCCAGCGUGGCCUCACUGUCUUCUGGUCUUGGUGCUACUGAAAUUGUCACCCAGAACUUGAAUCCUGACCCUCCCCACUGCAAGCCCAGGGAGCCCCAGCUCAAGAUGGCUAGCCUGAAACAGUUGGCCAGGGCUCCUCUUGUGGCUGCGUACCCAGGGCUGGCUGACCUGCCAUUUGCUUCUCUCUGGAGACAGCCGUUCUGCAACCACGCCCCAUGCCGAGCCACAACCCCAGGCUGCAGCUGCUCAGAAGGUCCGGGCGUUUUGUUUCUGGUGACCGGAUGUCGGUGGUCACUGGUCCACCCUUCCUGUCAGGGCUUUUCUGGGGCCUGCUCUUGGAAAUGAAGUCUUCUUAAGUACUGAAUAAUUCCCCUGGGGAUAGCUGGGGCAUUUGUCUAGCUGGGCUACUUUCUAACGCUUUGCCAUAGCUCGGACCACUUCUCGUCGUUCAGGGAUCGAGUGCAACCUUCAGUUACUUGCCGGAGUGUACAUUCUAGUGUGGUGUAUACUGGUGGCUGUUUGUUGAUGAUGAUAUUAUCCUUUUUUUUCCUGGGUUUUUUGUUUGUUUGUUUUUUACAAUUCUCUGUAGACUAGGAGAAGAAGAAUGCUUGUGUUUUUCGGAAGUGUGAUGCUUCUCUUUGACUGCCAAACUCUUUUAUGGAAUAUAUCUUUAUAUUAAUGCUGUUGUUUUGGUCGUUUUUGUUUGGGGUCACUAUCAAGAUGUUGCUAAGCAUCUCAGUGGUAAACGCAGCUGUCAGAGGAACCAAGGGCUAGGGUAUGUAGACCUUACAGAAGGGUGGAUGGUAGAGGCAGCCCAUUAUCAGCACAAUCUGACUUACAUUUCAUUGAGUGCUUUUUUUUUUUUUUAAGAUGCUGUAUGGCAGUACUUUCAGUCUAGAGGAAACAUUGUUUUAGGUUAUUUCUGUCCACCCCUGGGCGAUACUAUUUAUUGAUCCAGGCAAAAGAGCUUGGGGACACUGAGUUCAAGUGGGGACACGGGAUUGAAGCCUGGGCACUGCCGCUGCACGAACUGUGUGUCCUGGGUGUGCCGGCCUCUCUGAAGGGGGUUGGUGGUGGUGCCUGCCUCACUAGAUGCCUCUGAUCCAGCCUUCCCUGGGGGAGUGGGUGGCCGCAGACCCUCCCUGCCAGAGCUCUUGGAAGGCUCCUGCAGGCCUGGCCCGUCUAUUCCUGUAGACCUGGUUCAGGAUGAAGUCUCGGUGUGACUUGCAGAGUUGGGUUUGUCUUUCAACUAUAGACCCUUCUGGCCGUUCUCAGCCGUAUCAUGUGACUCUGAAUAGUUGGAUGAGGAAUGGGAAGAAAGGAAGGAUGAGAGCCAGGCACUGGCAGUCUCCACCCAGCAUUGGCUCUCUGCACAGAGGCACAGGAUAGGCCUCCUGUGCACUCCUCACUCAGCACUGGCCUGUCCUGAAUCCCUGUCUUCCCUGGUUGGAGGCCAGCUGUGGCACUGGCACCCUCUCCUUACCCCACCAUGCACAUGCUCACUUUAAAGCUUUGGGGUCCUUCCUGUACCCCCUCCCCAACCCUGGCCCACCCCCUCAGGAUCUUGUCACGUUAUUUUUCCUGUCCCUUCUUCCUGUUGCUGGCCUUCUUUUCCUCAUCCUAAAAACUUGCCUAGGCCCUAUGGCUCCCUCCUUUCUUUCCCAGGCAGCUUCUUAUCUGGGCUGUCUGUACCUCUUUAUUUCCACCACCCACCAUGCCCCACGUAGCUGAAAGCUGCUUAUCCCAGUUGUCAACCCUGGCCUUCGGCCUCUAGCACCAGACACUGCACCUCCUGAACGUCCUCUGCUUCUCUGCUUCAGAGGCCCGGGCUCGCCAGUUCUCUGGCCUCUCCCAUCCGUCUGCUGAGGACUCUGCUGCAGCUGUCCUCACCGGCCUCCAGGGAAUCCCACUUCCCACAGGGCAGGGCUGUGGGCUGGGCUGAAAAACCAUCUGCAUGGUCCACAAGAAGCCUGGCACUGGGUUUCCCCAUGAAUAACAAUGAAAAUUAAUGGAUGCAGAACCUUCCUGGAACAUGGAAUUUCUCCGGGAGAUUCCAUGCAGAGGCCACUGGGGAGGUGACGGGCACGCAUGUGAGUGUAGGUGGCUGCAGUGUUGGAAGGCUCCCAGCAGAGCUGAGAGGGUCUCAGUCUCAUCAGGGAACCCACCUGAUGGCUUCUCAGCCAGCAGUCUCAGAGGAACGUAGACUGCAGAGAAUGGAGGGAGGCAGCAGUGGCCCCGGCACCUGAGGCAUCCUGCUGUCAUGGGAAGGUCUCUGCCCAAAUGUCAGAUGCAUCAGCCUGUCACCCACUGAUCCAGAGCUUUCAGCUGUGCUGGCUGGGGGUGUGGGGUGGAGUGCUGAAUGACCUUCAUGGGUGGGCCUUUCCAGCUCUAGGGUUAUACGGGUGUUUGUCCACAGUUUUUAGGUUGUGUGUCUGGGACUAUGGGAACCUGUCCCCCAUGAUGGAUCUUGGUAGAGACACUUCCCUGUGUCUGUCAUUGUGCCCAGGAGAAUGCUGCAGGUGACCACCUGCAGCCCUGUUCUCAUUCAUCUGGAUGCCCUCCAGAAAUCUGGGGAACCAUACACCUUUAGAGCCUUUUUAGUUCCUUAUCAAGUUGGCAAGGCUUGGCCAUUCCUGUUCAAGGCUGCAUUAAAGGCACGAUCACCAUCCUGGCUAACACGGUGAAACCCCGUUUCUACUAAAAAGACAAAAAAUUAGCUGGGCGUAGUGGCAGGCACCUGUAGACCUAUAGUCCCAGCUACUUGGGAGACUGAGACAGGAGAAUGGUGUGAACCCGGGAGGUAGAGCUUGCAGUGAGCCGAGAUCGUGCCACUGCACUCCAGCCUGGGUGACAGAGCGAGACUCUGUCUUAAAAAAAAAAAAAGCAUGUCCAUUCUCAAAUGCUUUUGACGUCUCCAGGGUGCCUCAGGACAACACGAAGUGGGCAUUGUAGAACUUGGGGCUACUGCGUUACUUUGGAAGAAAAAGUUAAGGGUACUUUUAAGUACCUACUGUUUUGAUGAAAUUGCCAACUUCAGGGAGCCCAGCUUUGGAGAAGGAGGACGUGAGGAUUCCUUACAAGGGUCCAAAACAAUUCUUUCUUCACUCGGCUUUCUUUCUGUGCUCUACAUCUUAUAUUCCAGCAGGGGCUUCCAAUGCGUGGUUUAAUAACUACCAGAACUGGCCAGGUGCAGUGACUGAUGCCUGUAAUCCCAGCACUUUGGGAGGCUGAGGCAGGCAGAUCACUUGAGGCCAGGAGUUCGAGACCAGCCUGAACAACAUGGUGACAUCCAGUUUCUGCUAAAAAUACAAAAAUUAGUCGGGUGUGGUGUUGUGCACCUGUAGUCCCAGCUGCUUGGGAGGCUGAGGCAGGAGAAUCGCCUGAACCUGGGAGGCGGAGGUUGCAGGGAGCCAAGAUCGAGCCACUGCAUUCCAGCCUGGGUGACAGAGGAGACUUCAUCUCAAAAAAUUAAAAAAAAAAAAAAAAAAUACCAGAAUAAAUUAUCACCUUGGACUAUAAUUUUGACACCUCAAACAACUUUUAAUCUAGUCUUUUUAAAAAGUACACUUAAAUAAAAAUCUAAACAUAGGAGAAUGUAAA